AUGGCGAACAUCAAGGAUCCCUCAAGCUAUCUUGCCAACGCGCGUAUCGACCAAGAGAUUUUUCAACUCCGGCCGGACUACCGUGCCAUGCUCAUGGUAGUGACCAACAUUCCUCCAGGCCCUUCCGACGCAACUAGUGAAGCCUUCCUAUCUUCCGCUGAAGCCUCAGCCAAAGCAGCUCUUGCGAAAACCCCAGUCAACGACGUUCCUCAUGUCGCACAAUGGAAAGAAGCCUACAAAGCCUUUGGCGCAAAGCCCAAGAAGACAAUGAACAGUCUCGAAGCGUUAUUGCGUCGCGUUGAUGCUGGCCUACCGCGUGUCAAUCGUUUGACAGAUAUUUAUAACGCCAUCUCCAUCAAGCACCAGUGCCCUCUUGGAGGCGAGGAUCUUGACAAGUACCAAGGAAGCCCCUUCUUGAUACGUGCUAAGGGCGAUGAGAAGUUUGAUACGAAGUCUGGCGGCGAAAUCGUGAUUGAGCAUCCAAGCCCGGGGGAAGCGGUAUGGUGCGACGACGGCGGCGUGACUUGCAGGCGCUGGAAUUGGAGGCAAUGCUCGAGGACUGCAUUGAGCGAUGGGACAUCGAAUGUGCUCUUCAUUCUGGAUGCAUUAGAAGCUAUCGAUGACGCGAAGCUAAAUGCCGCAGCGGAUGAGCUAAGUGAGGAACUACAAAAGCUGUCUGCAGAUGUAAAGAUCGAGCGCCGUGUCUUGACGUCAUCUUAA